UUUAACCCCACUGGCCUGGAGGAAAGUACACGUUAACUACAAGGAGCAGAGAAGAGCUGAUGGGACCAACAUUCAAUAGCUGCUGACAUUGCACCAAGACUCAUAAACUACUAUUACAACUUCUACUUCUGCAGUAGUGGUACUGUGUCACUAGUUCCCUGUCAGGUUCGAUGGUAAGGUCCCCAGAGCUAAUUCGCUGAAUAUUACGGUGAAAACCACACAGCAUGUCGUGGCUGUUCGCUACAGUGAUGGCCCUACAGCUUGCUGCAGAAGCAGCAGAUGAAGCAGGUGCUGAGAACCCCACAGAUAUGGAGGCAGGGGUGGAGCCCCAGCCAUCGUGCCCAGCCGGGUGGCAUCAGAACGGGCAUCGAUGCUUCUCCUUCUACCCCGUCUGGGCCACCUGGGUCUCAGCUGAGUCCUACUGCUCCCAGCGUGGAGGGAACCUGGCAUCAGUUCACAGUCCAGAUCAACAGGUGUUCAUCCAGGACCUCGUCAGGAAACACACAGACCAACCCGUCUGGAUUGGAGGUUAUAACGUGGCUCAGGAGGGGGUGUGGCUCUGGAGUGAUGGCUCAGCAUUUGAGGAUUUCCCCAGGGAGGAGGAGCCCCGUUACUCUGGACACAAGAACUGUAUGGAACUACACACUGGAGGUGGGCGGGGCUGGAAUGACGCGUCUUGUGAAAAGCUGAGAUUCUAUGUGUGUUCGAUGAAGACUAGAUCUGAUGUAAGGGCACAGUCCAGUCAGAAGAGAAAACCCCAGAUUGAGUUGGCUGCAGGUUUGAGUGUGUAUGACCUCCUCUGGGAAACCAGUGAGAGAGUAGCACAGGAGACCCUCUACUCUGCCUUCCUCAGGGGAAUGUAUUCCAGACGUCUGCCUCCAAAGAGCUACAUUGAUUUCUGCCACCAGGAGGCGCUAUAUCUGACCAGAGUCAUUUCCAUGCUGGAGGAUCUGAUCAAAACAGUGCAGGGCCCGGAAGAUAUCAAGCUGUUUCUACAGGGAACACAUCAGCUCUACCACGAUUCCCUAAAGGAGUACCAGAACCAAGUUCCACAGCGCCUGAACCUGUCCUCUAUCCAGCCCUCUCCAGCCAUUCGUCAGUACCUGCAAAGUUUCCAUGAUGUGGUGAAUGAGGAGCCGAUCUACUGGGUGGUUUCUCUGCUGCCUAGAGCGAUGCUCAGACCAUACCUGGCAAAGCACCACCCCCUGGGGGAGCAGACCAGACCAGGCUCCAGCCCCUGCCUCCUCCCCUGGCUAAGCCUCUUCCCGUGCCCCUGCUACCAGUUGCCCACUAAGUGGAAUGAAGUGUCCCUCUCCAGGUCUCUUGUGGAGAAGUACCAGGCUGUGAUUGACAUCUACAAGGCUGUCAACAUCUUCAGAGUCAACAUGAUCAAUGAGAAGACGCUCUUCACCUCCAGCUGGUUUCCUACUGGUGACGAGGAAGCAGUAGAAGACCAAAACAGCCUUUUGCUGUCUGUAGAAUCUGGUCCGGACUUAACAGUAAGACUGUAGCAGAGCUGCUGUGGAAUGCUGGGAGCUGUUGAUGUGUGUAUUUGUGUGUAGUUUUGUUUUACCGUUAAGAUUAGGACCUGAAGUCCUCUGCCCCCAUCAGGAACUUAUGUUGGUCCCAUGAUGACAAAGUUAACUUUCAACUUAGGGGUUUAAGUUUAAGUCAAACUUUAUGUUAGAAUUUGUUUUCUGUUUAGGUGUGGGAAUUAUAGGUAGGUUUGGCAACAAAGUUUGACAAAUUUUAGGCUUAAGUAUAAGAUUAAUGUGGGAAUGAUAAUCAGUCAUCCUUCUUAAUUAGAAUACUUUAUGAACGAAACAUAUGUGGAAUUUACAGCCAUGUAUUCUCUGAAAUCCAGUUUGGAUAAUGCAAUUAUGUGGAAAAAUUGU